AUGAUUUACGUAAGACGUUGUAGUAUAUACGACCUGGUCAGUCUGAGCGACUGCAAUUUGGUCAACGUUAUCGAAAACUACCAAAUGAAGUACUACUUUUACCAUCUCCUGUCGUGGCCGCACCUUACCAACAUUGCGACCAAUAAUAGAGGAAGAGUUUGCGGGUAUUCAAUGUCCAAACUGGAGGAAGAGAAACAAAAGGCCGGUCACGUCACGGCGGUGGGAGUUUUGCGCUCGUUUAGGAACCUCGGGAUUGCAACCAAAGUCAUUUCACAGACUCGUUAG